CGUGUCAGCGCCGUUCCUGCCCCGCCCGCCAUGGCGGCCCCCAGGCGCUCCCCGGCCCGGCGGCACAGCGGCGUCCCGCUGCCUGCGGCCGCCAGCCCCAGGCCCAGUCCCCGCGGGGUGGGCGAGCCCGAGCUCGACUCCGACUCCGACUCCAUGCUCGAAGGCGGUCCGGAGCUGGAGCUCGGCUUGUGGCUCGACGUGGAGAGCGAUGAGGAGCAGGGCGGCGGCGCGCCCUGGCAGCCCGGGGAGCGCUCGGCGGCGGCCGCGCUGCUGGAGCGGUGCGUGGCGGCGGGCGCCGUGAGCCAGGAGACCUUGGAUUUAACAUGCAGAAGAACGCCGUGCUUUGCAAAAUUCUCAGAGAUGGAGGAAAUGGUAAACAUGGAAGCUGAAAUCAAUGAGAUAAAACUGAAAAUUGAAAUGAUGCAGUUGGAGAAUGAGACAGCAGACGUUACUCACCAUUUUUACUUAGGGAAAAAGUGCGAGAUUUUGCAAGAUAUGAACAGGCACCUGGAAGCCAUACUGAAAGAGAAGAGGGAUCUCAGAAAGAGGUUGAUCAAACACAGAUGUCAAGAAAGCCUGCCUAUUGAGGCUACUUUUCACAAGUGUAUAGUACAGCUGUUGACUGAGGCUGUGGCUUUCAUAGAGAAGCUUGAAAGCCAUUUGCAGUCUGUGAGAAGCAUCCCUCAGAUACCACAUAUGAUGAGCAAUAUGGACACUACUUUGUCAAAAACAGAGGUGCUCAUGAUAGAAUUGGAGGAGCUGACAGAGCAAAUACUGAAAUGGGAGGAAAUGCAAAAGGAAGUGUAUUCUAACAAUGUAUGCAAUACUACCGACUUGGACUUUGGCUUAUCUUUUACCUAACAAAUCAUUUUCCUUAAAUAGGACGAGUACUCCAAGAAUUACAUUCUUAGGGUCUACUGUGAAAACUGCAACAGAGGUGUCUUUUAAUCCAACAGAGACUUCGCAGGUAGUUAUAUUUCUGUUAUUAAAUAAUAGUUCUCCAACUAUUUACUAAAAAAAGGACAAUAAGCAGUAGCUCACAGAAGACAGGGUGCUGAGAAGCCUGUUAAGGAACUCCUUUUUGAAAUAGUUGGAUAGGAGUCCCUUGGAGCCUGUAUCUUCAAUGGAAAAUUGUUUUGAUAUUUUUUUGCACUUGCUAUAGUAUCUUUAUUCAUUUUUGCAAGCAUCUUGAUAAAACAGUGUAUUUUGUAUGUCACCAUAAAACUUUAAUAAAAGCAAUAGAUUUCAAAA